AUGCCAGCGGACCCCAUUGACGCCGUUUCUGAAAUCGAGAAUACGCGCAGGCGAGAAAAGCACAUAGAGGACUUAGCCAGGAAGUGGGAACAGCGCUUUGGUUCUGAGUACGUUCAGUCAUGCGCUGACAGCUACAGACUUAGAGACGAAUGUAGGGUACACUUUGGCCUCCCAGAGCGCUCGGUUGUUCAAGAAAAUUGGUCUAUCGAUAGAAUUCCGGAGCCAUAUCGCAGAACUGACCGUCUAGAACUAACCUCAGAUACGAUUGGGUACUUCCAGGACGACUUUGAAGGCCGGAUCUUUCCUCGUAGAGAGCAUGCGCCCAAACGCGUUCCAUUCACUUGA